CGAACUCGGAGAGGCAAAGCCGCAAAGGCUGGGGUAGGCUCCUCGCGAGCCUGCGGCGGCGAGUCCCAACCACGGCGAGGCUGGGCGGUCGGCCCCGGCGGCCAGCCGAGCCGGGCGGCGGCGGCGCCGACGCACGGCAGCAGGCGAGGAGGCUGCGGCAGGAACAGAUCGGGACGCGCGUCAUGGCGUGGUGGCGCACGAGGGUGGUCGCGCCCGUGCGCCGCGCCUGGCUCGCCGUGGCCGCCGCCCGCGCGCGCGUCCGCGAGGGUGAGUGUGGGAUCCUCAACCUUCACCAGGACGUGCAGACCUGCGGCUACCAAGACGUGCAGGUGAUGUGGAACAUGCUGAGCUCGGAAAAAGAGGCCGCGGCCGGCGCGCUGCCGAAGCCGCGGAAGCGGCCGUUCUGGAGGCUGCCGCUCUGGCCCAUCCGGCCGCCCCACGCCGUCGCACAGUGAGGCUGCUGAUAUGUAUGGAUUGCAACUAUAUUUGUCAUAUCUAAAUUUAGUCAAGUAUGACUUGUCUAUAAAAUAUGUGGUUAACAAAUUUCUAGUUAUAUAUGUGAUAAAAUAAGUAAAAAAAUAAGGGUACGACAUGGAGUCAAAGAGCUAACAAAGGGUAGUUUGAUACAGUUGUGACAAUAAGCCAAACGCUUAUCUAAAAAUAUAUAGUGUGAUUAAGCUUAAGCAUGACAAGAAUAGG